AUGCAGUCUGGCUUUCCAACCUCCACCCGCCCGCCUUCCACCCCCAGCUCCACGCAGUUCUGGCUUCCCCUCAACCGCCUGCGCCCCACCGCCACGCGUCUGCUUCCCCUUCCGCCUCCACCCCCGCCCACGCAGUCUGGCUUCCCCUCGCCCGCCCGUCUGCCACCCCCGCGCCACGCAGUCUGGCUUCCCCUCACCCCGCCCACACCCGCCUUCCACCCCCACCAUGCAGUCUGGGUUCCCCUCGCCCCGCCCGCUUAUUCCACCCCGCCCACGCAGGUCUGGUUCCCCAUCACCCUCACCCGCCUGUCCACCCACUUGCCCAUGCAGUUGGCUUCCCCAUCGCCCCUGUCCACGCCUUGCCCACGCCCGCCCACGCAGUUCUGGCUUCCCCUUCACCCCCGCCCCGCUUCCACCCCCGCGCCCAACGCAGUCUGGUUCCCCUCACCGUCCGCCUUCCACCCCCGCCACCAGUCUGGCUUCCCCUCACCCACCUGCUUCCACCCCCCGCCCAUGCAGUCUGUUCACCUCACCCCGCCCGCCUUCCACACCCGCCAUGCAGUCUGCUUCCCCUUCACCCGCCCGUACCUACCACCCCCGCCCACGCGUCUGUUUUGCCCCUCACGGCCGCUCCGCCUUCGCGUACCCCCGGCCCACGCAGUCUGCUCCCGUCACCGCCGACCGCGCCCUUCCACCCCCCUACGGCCACGCUGA